AUGCAGGGAUUUACACACAUUGGAAGUGGAGGCAGAUUGGGGUCGACGUCGGCAAAAAAAGGGUUGAGGUGUGUAAGCAGCGACACCGGGGGACUUUUGAAUUUGCAGCCGAUACCAGACAACAGAAAUCUCACUUUUCCCGGCCAUUAUUUACGUCAAUUAUUUGCUCAAGUAAACAAUCCUCCAAUUGAUCAAAUCCAAGAAUCAAUUGUUAUGUCAUUGGAGUGUUAUGUUGGGGCUGAGGCCCCAGGGCAAUCUUCUGGCCCUUGA